GAUAACUUGAGCUCUACAAAAUACGGUACACGCUACCAACAUUUCCAUUUGCAGUUGAUCAUCUUUUCAAAAAACUGAAUGUUGUUCAACCUUAAGUUAUUGUAGCGCGAAAACUAUUUCUUUGGAUAAUAAAUAGAAUCCAUUGAUUAUUUACACAAUAUGUGUUAAACUCAUAAAAAUUUCCCAGAGUACGUAAACUGUGUCAAAUAACUAAACAAUCGCUCGCAGUUACUGCAAGUCUCGACGAGGCAAUAGCGCAGAAAUUAUAUUAUUUUAAGUAAAUUCAGUGAUGUGUGAAAUUCAUAAGUGAAAUUCGCUUAUUUGUGACUUUUAAAAACUUUUUACAUAAAUUACAAAAUAAACUUUUAACAAGAUGAGUUUCAACAAAAACAACCCCAACGCCAUGGGCAAGAUAGUGGGAUAUCUCAAGCAGAUCUCCACAGAAAUGGGCGGAAGUGAACAAAAUCGUCGGGCCCAGCCAGACGAGGAACGACUCUAUCGUCCCCGUGGCCCAAAAUACGCUAGAGUUCCUUCAGGACCCACCCUCUCCGCAUCGACUACUUCCACAUCUCUGGCAACCUGCGGCUCUCAAGGAACGUUAGUUCCUAACUACGCUGCCAUCCCUGAAAUUGCAUCAACAGAAAGUAGUAGUGAAGACGAGCAAGAUUCUUUCGAAAAAACUCGUCGUCAUUUCCAACAAUUGCGCCAAAUCAGUUUAGGAAACGAAUUUAAAUACAAGAUGGAGAUGGAGAUUAAAAGCGCAAAAGAAGAAAAUUUACGUAACUCUAUACCAUUUGUUAAACAGUUAAGCACAGAAACUAAUAAAGCUAAAACAGAUUAUACCAUCAAUGGAGAAGCUCAACCCUAUGCGUCGACAACACAACGACUCUUCUUAUGGACCCAGAUUUACGUGGCUUUUGCUGUGUCCAUGGGUUCAUUUAUCAAUGGCUUCUCAGCAGGUUACACUUCACCUGCACUUCCUAGUAUGAACGAAACACUCGUUAUUACUGAUGAAGAGAAUAGCUGGAUUGGAGGAUUGAUGCCUUUAGCCGCUCUAGUGGGUGGUGUUGCAGGAGGUCCUCUUGUUGAUUGUUUAGGAAGAAGAUUAACAAUCAUGGGCACAGCAUUGCCAUUCUUUGUGGGUUGGAUGCUUAUUGCAAAUGCUAUUAACGUUCAUAUGGUACUUGUUGGACGCGCUUUCUGUGGAAUCUGUGUUGGAAUAAGCAGCCUUACGUUUCCUGUAUACCUUGGUGAAACCAUUCAACCAGAAGUGCGGGGAUCAUUAGGGCUUUUGCCAACUGCAUUUGGUAAUACGGGAAUAUUAUUAGCGUUCUUUGCUGGAGCAUAUAUUAACUGGUCCUAUCUUGCGUUCCUCGGUGCGGCUCUUCCAGUGCCUUUCUUUUUAUUGAUGAUUUUAACUCCUGAGACACCAAGAUGGUAUAUAUCAAAAGGUCGCGUGGAAGAUGCCAAGAAAGCUCUGCAGUGGUUGAGGGGUAAAAAUAUAAAUAUUGAUAAAGAAAUGCUAGAAUUGACGCAUUCGCAAGCCGAAUCGGACCUCACGAGUAGUGGCAAUGCUUUUGGACAAUUAUUUACAAGAAAAUAUUUACCAGCUAUUUUAAUUUCUCUUUGUUUAAUGUUGUUCCAACAAUUAAGUGGUAUCAACGCAGUAAUAUUUUAUGCAUCAAGAAUAUUCAAAAUGGCGGGAAGCAGUGUUGAUGAAAACGUAUCCAGUAUAAUUAUUGGCGUUGUAAAUUUCGUAUCGACUUUUAUCGCAACUGCUAUUAUUGAUCGCCUCGGAAGAAAAAUGUUGCUGUAUAUUUCAUCCGUAGCAAUGAUUAUCACCUUAGUAACUUUGGGAUCAUACUUUUACGUAUUAGAAGCUGGAACUGAUGUCAGUAAUUACGGAUGGUUGCCUCUAGCUUGCCUUGUAAUCUACGUGUUAGGAUUCUCGAUCGGUUUUGGACCUAUUCCGUGGUUGAUGUUGGGAGAAAUCUUGCCCGCAAAAAUUCGAGGCACUGCUGCAGCAUUAGCAACCGGAUUUAACUGGACCUGUACAUUCGCCGUGACUAAGUCAUUCCAUAACAUAAUUGCUGCUAUUAACAUGUACGGCACAGUGUGGUUGUUUGCUGUAUUAUGUUUAAUUGGACUAUUUUUCGUCAUCUUCUUUGUACCUGAAACUCGUGGUAAGAGUCUGGAAGAAAUUGAAAAGAAACUAACUGGUGGAUCGAGAAGAGUACGUCGUAUGAGUAACAAAAAACCCAUUCAAAAUAAUUGUUAAAUGUUGUUAUGAAACCGUCUUUCGUGUCAAUACAUUCCCAGAAGAAGAAGAUUACUUUCCUUGUGACGUUGGAUGAAUAAAUAUAGUAGAAACAAACGGGGGGUUAAUUUGUGUGGCACAAUGAACCUUUAUUGUGCGUACUGAAGACUGAUUUGGAUUGUAUUCAUAGUAUGUGUAGUUUGUAAAUAUAGAAAUUUAAUAAUGUAGUAUAAAUAAUUGAUAGUUCCUUUUAAAUGUAAUUAAUAAUAAUAUACAAUAGCUUUGUAACAUAAACGUGGAAGGAAUACAAUAAAUUAUAAUCGGCCCAGUACUUUUUUUUAAGGUACAAAUUUUGCCUCUAUUCAUUUACAUAGAUAGUUUUUAUGGAAUAAAUUCGUGAAAGCGAUCUGUAGAUGCACAAGAAAUGACCAUGACAAACAAUAAUAUUUAAUAUCAUAGACAAUAUAAUAAUUAUGUGAUUUAUAAAAUAAACUUCAAUAGUGGAAUGUAGUAAAUCUGUAGUUUAAGUACUCACUUUGGUGUGUAUUCCGUAUAUUACGGAGGCCAUAUUGAUUUAAUUGGUAAGCCUUAAUGUAAAAUAAAAUAAAAACUAACAUUUAA